AUGACUGGAUCUCAGAACACAAUUUCUAGCUCUAUUUCAUCAUCUACCAGUCAUGCUUCUGGUAAAUAUUCUUUUGCUUCUUCCUCUUUUGAUUCAAUCUCUGAUUGCAUUUCCUCCUCAACCUCACCAUCUUCAGCAGGCACAUUGAGUACUUUUUCUCAAAGAUCUGAAUCGAGCUCCACUGUUUCCUCUACAGAAUUAUCUUUUAACGCCACUUCUUCCACAAGUGGAUCUACAUGGGAAACCACUCUAACUUCUGGAUCUGCUUCUAUCGAUGCGAUUGUUACCGGAAUCAUUUCCACUGGCUCAGCCGGUUCUACUCACUCCACUUACUCCGUGAUCUCGACCAAGCAAUUCAGCUCUGGUAGUGCUUCCUCCAGUAGGGGCUCUACAUGGAGAACCACUCUAAAUUCUGAACCCACUUCUAUUGAUGCUGUGGUCACAGGGUGGACGACAGUCAUCCCUAGUAAGGCAACGUAUGCUUCUUUGAGGAGUUCAAGUUUGUCUGCAGGCGAGUCACAACGCAGUGGUUUAGCGGUCAGUGUUUCUGUUCAACGAGGAUUUGCUAGUAUAUUGAGAAGAAGGCCGUUCUAUGCCAUUGGUCUUGUAUUAUUUUCUUUUCUAAUUUGA